AUGAAGCCGUGUAGCACCUCUGGAGAAGCGCCGCCGCUGGCCGUUGUUGGCGGUAACUGCAGCAUAUUCGGCUUCGACCGUUUCGGCGCCGAGCGGUACUGGACAGUGACAGGGGACCAGGUGACGGCCAUGGCCCUCAUGCCGUGGACCUCGGUACCGGAUUCGGGAUCUGCUCCCCUGUCGCUGCUCGUGGCCUCUGAUGAUUUUGAGGUGCGCGUGUACGAUGGCGAGGAGGCGAUCGCGACGGUGCACGAGGUGGAUCGAGUGCAGAAGCUCGUACCUCUGUGGGAGCCGUCACGGAUCCCAGACACGGAGGCUGCCGCCGCUGACAGCGCUGGCCGGUAUGCCUACUUGCUCGAGAAUGGCACCGUCGGCAUGUACGAGCGCGGCGAGCGCGUGUGGCGAGUGAGGGGCAAGUCUGUGCCUGUGUCCGCCGCCUUCUGUGACGUGGACGGCGACGGCGUGGCCGAGUUGGUGAUUGGGUGGAGCAACGGGCGGGUGGAGGUGCGCACGGAUCGUGGCGGCGGGUUGGAGAAAGGCGGUAUCGUGCUCUUCCGCGAAACCUACUCCAGCGCCGUGGCGGCGGUUCUUUCGGAAGACUAUCGGCAGGACGGCGUGCCUCUGCCGGUCAUCUGCACUGUGGAUGGCACCGUGCGUGGAUUGACGCUGCUCGAGAUGCGAAAAGACGAGGCGGCUGAGGUGCGUCAGCUACAGGUGUUGGAGGCGCUUGUGCAGGAGAAGCAGCAGCUGGCCGCCCAGCUCGCCAGUCUUGAAGAGCAGCUGGCUCGCCGGGUUGCUGGGGCGCAGGACACGACGAUGCCAGAGUUGGGGGUGGAGGUGCGUUGUUGCUGCUCCGCCAACCUUGCGACAAAGGAGGUUGAAGUGCGUGUCGAGGUGACGGGACCAGCGGCGAAGCGUGGUGACGUUGUCGUGCAUAGCUGUCUCCUGCAGUGUGAGAUAUGGGCCACCGCGGCAGAGCAGGACACCAUAGCCUUUGCGCAUGCGGAACCCAGCUCCACACUCGUGUGCAGCUUUGCCCACCCCGACGACCUUCCGUUGAACGUCAGCGCCUCGGUGGCUGUAGGCCCACCGUUUGGCGAUAACUACCAGAUACACGAGGUUACCAUCAGGGUUCCCCGCUUCGUGAUGUACCAGCUACUCUACACGAUUCUUCCAGAGCAGCAGCGUCAGCGGCACGGUGAGACAGUCACCUACCAACGGCCCAACGGCUGCGUGUUACUGCAGUGGCGUGAGUUGCUCCGUCUCGACGUGAUUGAGAGGUGGCUGCGGGAUUCCUUCUGCGUACCGGAGGAUGUCGCGCUGCUUGACGCUAACGCGCCGACUGACCCGGUGCUUCACUUGGAGCUCAUUCAUGUCCGCGACGGCAGCAGCUUUGGUAUCGAGGUGUGCAACGCUGCUGCGUCAGGUGCGGCCUUCAACACCAUUACGCUGUGGUCUGACCACUUGGCGCCAUGUGGGGCGGUUAUCGAUGCCUUCGUGGAGGACUUGAAGGGUGGGUGGGCUGAGGGGAAGGCGGACCCGGUCUCGGUUCGGUGCGAGAUGCCUCUCGAGCUGUCGCGGCUGCGCGCGAUCUUCGCGAAGGUGGACGAGUUCAACGAGGUGCGGAUGAAACUCACGACCGACAUGGCGGAUGCAGCUACCGUCGUGAAGACGCUGCUCGGGCGUGCCGAGGACGCACGGCUGCUGGGUGACAUGGCCUCCAUGAAGAAAUCGUACGCGGCACUGUACGACGUUGAUCAGGAACUGCUCUGUGAGAAUGCGAAGCGGAUCAACAACUACGAAGAGCUCAAGCUGGCCUUGAAGGAGGUGAACACGUGCAUCCAGCAGGCGGGAAUGGUGCGCAUUGGCCCGGCACGCGCACAGUUGAUUGCUAGCUGCCGCAACGCCCUGAAGGAGAAUCAGGUGAACAGUCUGGUCGAGAUCAUCCGGACCGGGUCCGAGUAG